AUGGGGAUGGUUGGUGGUGGUGGUGGUGGUGGUGGUGGUGGUGGUGGUGGUGGUGGUGGUGAUGUGCAUGCAUCACUACACAUGACAAAUCUGAUUCCUGUGGAGAUGUUCAUCUGUAGAUGUGGAUGUGCAGGGCUGCUGCUGCUGUUGGUGGUGUGCGUGCUGCUGGUGUACACGACCGUGUACAGCCCGGAGCUGGAUUGGCUGCGGCGGAGCCGCGACGCCGCGCUGUACGUGCGGCCCGGGGAGCAGACGGCGCUGCUGCUGCCGCGGAGUGAGCUGUGCCACGUGUCGGGCACGUGGCAGCAGGGCCCGGUGCUGCUGAUGGCCGUGCCAUCCGCCAUCGGGCGCCGCCAGAGGCGGGACGCUGUGCGGCAGACGUGGGGCCGGCGGGAGCCCUCGGCUACCAGGCUGCUCUUCGUUGUCGGCCACCAGGGGCAGGGCGUGCCGCCAGAGAUCGCUGAGGAGGCGGCGUUGCAUGGCGACAUUCUUGUCGAGGAUUUCUUGGACACCUACCACAACUUGACGCUCAAGACGCUCUUCAUCCUCAAGUGGGCCGUAGCUCACUGUCCGAAGGCAACGUACUUGCUCAAGGUGGACGACGACGUGCUGGUGAACGUUCACGGCGUGUUGCGGCUGCUGUCGGAGGCGGCGUCGCGCGGCUGGGGGCUGGUGGGCAACGUGUUCCACGGCCGGCCGCACCGCUGGCGGCUGCCGUACCCGCAGUGGUACCUGCCGCGCUGGCUGCACCCCGACGCGGCUCUGCCCGACUACCUGACCGGCCCCAGCUACGCCGUGGCCGGCUGGGCGCUCGCUCCGCUGCUACGCGCCGCCCUCCGGACGCCGCUGCUGCCUCUGGAAGACGUCUUCGUGACGGGCGUGGCCGCGCGCGCCGCCGGAUUGGCACAAUACCACGUGCCCACCAUCGCCGUGGACCGCCCGCUACUGGCCGAGCGCCUCCUGUGCCAUGUGCGCAGCUACCUCACGAUGCACAAGGUCGGCCCCGAGCGCAUGCUCUACUUCUGGCGCCAGAUGACGAGCCCCCAGCAGGGCACCUUCUGGCACCGCUACGGGCUGGACGCCUGUCAGGCCGAGUACGGCUGGUGACGGUCACUGUCCCGGCACACGGUCGAACCGUGUCCUCUUACCUUCACCCUGUAUGAGAACUCUUCGAUUCAGACUUUCCACAGCAUAUGGCAUGGCUCUGUGGUUGAGCUGAGACUUCAAACACUUCCAGACAUGUUCCCUGUGCCUACGACAGUUGGUCGAUCCAGACACCUACAGAUCUUUGUCAUAUAUGAAAACUGGUCGAUCCAGAUCUUUCAUGGCCUUUGGCACGGUUGUUGGACUGAGCUGACACAGCAAAACGUAACCACUUCAACCACCAAUACACCACCAGAGGUCUUACCUGUAACUACGACCGCUGGUCGGUCCAGACAUUCCUCCAGUCAAAGACAGUGAAUUGUGGCACAGUUCCCGGACUGCAUUGGUAAACGUAGAGCUAACCACAUCAGCAACCAACAGACCUCUUGUUGCAGCAAUUGAAAAUUGUCCUGAAGUACAUCCCGUAUUAUGUGAACUGGUUGAUCCAGACUUACCACAAGUGGGAGUUGGUGAAAUGUGGCAUAGUUGCUGGACUGCAUUGAUACAGCGAGACUGAACCACUUCAGACAGCAAUACACCACCAGAGGUCUGCCUUCUCCCUUCCAGAACUGAUUCAGACAAUCAAUGUAUUAAGGCAGUGAAAUGUAGCACGGCUGAUAGAGUGCAAUGACUCAGCAAGGCAUCAACAGACCACAUGUUGCAGCAAUUUAAACAUCUCCAGAGGCAAGCCCUCUAUUACGAGAACUGGGAAAUCCACACUUUCCUCAAGAGGACUUUAGUGAAAUGUGGCCUGGUUGCUGGACUACAGUGAUACAGCCGGAUCUAAUCCCGUCAACUACCAAUUCGCCAUUCAAUGCAGAAAAGAAUAACUUACGGCAGUUUGCACUGUACCAAUGAGAAUUGGCCAAUCGAGACUUCCCUUGAGUCAAAGCCAGGAAAAUAUGGCAUGAUUGCUUGGCAGUACUGACACGGUGAGACCUAACUACUUCAACUACUAACACACCAUUUGAUGCAGGAAACGAAAUUUGGUCAGAGGUGUGUCCUGUCUGUAGGAGACUUGCUGAUGCAGGUUUUCAGAUCUCUUAACAUAGGUCAGCGGUUUUCAAACAUGGCAUAAUUAUUCGAGUGCACUGACACAGCAAGGCCUAACCAUUUCAUCCGGCAAAAAACCACUUGUUGCAGCAAUGGUAACUUGCUCAGAGCUAUGUGCUUGUGAGAAUUGGUUGAGACAGACUUUCCACAAGUGGAAGUAAGGAGAUAUGACUUGGUUGUCGGACUGCGUUGACAAGACGAGACUUAACCAUUUCAACCACCAAUACACCACAUAAUGCAGAAAAAAAUUGUCCAGAGGUCUGCCCGUUACCUAGGAAAAUUGGUCGAUCCAGACUUUCCAUGAGUCAAAGGCAGUAAACACGUUUAGUAACAAAUUUUUCUUAGAAUAUCGUUUCAUCUUUAUUAUUUGCAAGGCAUCUUCAUUGGCGUGGAGUUAUACGCAUUUAUGUUUAAACUAUUUUGGUUUACAGUUUGAACAUUAUAUAUUGAAGUUAUGAAAAGGUUAGACAAUUUCUUCUUACCGAUGGUGUAGCGAUAGUAUAAACAGCUACUUAUAAAUUUCGUAGAUGUUGGUCAACAUGUGUUUAUUUUCCUGUUUUACAGCUGUUCUUCUUCUGAUUUUUGCCAUACGAAAUUUCGCUUUCUUAGCAGUAGGAAGUGAACCUGUGUUCACUUAAUGUUAUUUUUGGAUGAUGGUGCCAACAGUUGAACAUCAUUAUCAACUGUUGAAUGUGUGUUUGUGACAUCAGUGAUCUACUCCUGUGUGUGGGAUAGAUCACUGAUAUCACAAACACACAUCCUUUCUGCCAGAUGUGUUAGUCCCACAAGUUUCGCAAAAGAAUUUCUGUGAAGUUUGGAAGGUAGGGGACGAGGUACUGGCGAAAGUAAAACUGUGGUUUAGUUAUUUGUUUGGUUACAUGUUCUUCAGAUCAUCUGAACGUUUCUUUUACCGAAAUGAUGUGGAACGAACCACUUUACGAGAUGUAUCUACAUGAUCAGUGUUAAACGAACACAUUUUUUCUAGUUGUACUCGUGCAACUACACUUCAAAACAAGUUUUUUUUUUUUACGGGCCACAAAUUUGUAAAUAUAAAUUCGUUCAUGUAACAGGAGUUGUUGUCCAGGAGAAACGAUUUAGGGGCAGGUCGUGAGGCGUGCUAGGGUGGCUUACUUUGUGGAGCAUUUGCAAGCGUAAGUCUUAAGGUCUGGCAACGUUUCAAUCUACCGGGAAGCUUCAUAUCAGCGCACACUCCGGUGCAGUGAGAAAAUUCAUUUCGGACUCUUACAUCAGUUGGUAAUAACAUCCAACAGCUGACAACACCAUCCAAAAUGAGGAUAGAUCACAGGUAUCACAAGGAAGUAUUCAAUAGUUGAUAAUAAGAUUCAAAAAUUGGCAAAACUACCCAAAAUUUAACAUCACGAAAACAAAUGCUCAUUUUCUAGAGCUGCGAAAAUUAAAUUUUAUACGGCAAGAAGCAGAAGCAGCGUAGCUGUAAAAUAGGAAAAAGAAGACAUGUAGUCCAGUAUCUACGAAAUUUGUAAGUAGUGAUUUGUACUAUCACCACUUCACAGGUGAGCAGAAACUUUUUAUAACUUCAAUAUAUGAUGUUCCAAAUGUAAAGCAAAAUAGUUUAAAUACAAAUGAGUAUACAUCCUAGGUCAUUGAAGGUGCCUUGCAAAUAAUAAAGGCGAAUCGCGCAUGGCGAGAAAAAGUUUGUUUCCUUUCAGAUAUGAUUGGACGGCUCUAAAGUAAUAAUCCUCAACAACCUACAACACUGCACGCUACUGAGGACGACAGGACAACAAAUCAGUUUACGAUAUGUCACGAUUGUUGGACAGCGCUGACACAGGUUGCAGAUUUUUAGACUCGCCUGACACAGGUCAAAGGUUUUAAUUUGUGACAUGUUUGUUAUACUGUACUGACAGAGCGGGGCCUAACCUCUUCAAACACCAAUAGACCACUUUUUGCGCUAAUGGAAAUUUGUCCAGAGGUCUGCCCAGACUUUCCGUCAGUCAGAACCAGUGAAACGUGGCGUGGUUCUUGGACUAAAUUAACACAGCAAGCGUUAACAGCCUCGCUAUAUCAAUAUACCACUACAUACAGCAAAGAAAUCUUGUUCACAUGUCUGCCCUGUGCCUAAGAGAACCGGUCGAUUGAGACUUUCGGAGCCGGUUUUUCAUGGGUCAACGACAAUGAAACGUGGCUUGGUUGUCAGAUCAUGUUGACACAGCGAUAGAUAGUCAAUUCAUCCACUAAUACAACACUUGCUACAGCAAAGAGCUCAAUCGAAAGCCGCUCAAUCCAAACAUUUCACCAAUCAAAGACACGGAAACAUAGUGAAGUUGUUUGUCUGCCCCGAGACAUCUGGUGGUGACUACAGCGUCCUCCAAUGUAUCACAUGAUUCAGCAAUGCUCUGUCAGUCCAAAGUUUCAGACAGCCGCUUACCACGAAUGGAAGGCACUGAAAUGUGGAUUGGUUGCUGGUCGGCGUUGACAGGGAGAGAUCCAACCUUUUCUUCCGCCAGUACACCACUUGAUGUAGGAAAGCAGACUUCUCCAGAUAUCCGUCCUGUAUGUAUAAGAACUUGUCAGUCGGUUUCCACGAGGAGAAGACUGUGAAAUGUUUACAUAAUUGAUGAACUAAAACGCCAAUUAGAAAGUUAACCACUUUAUCCACCAACACAAUAACUGAUGCAACAACGAAAUUGGCCUCAGUACAUGUGAGAUCUGGUCGACUGUGGCUUUCAGAACAUUUCCCUCCAAGAGUCGAAGGUAGCGAAAUGUGUCACGGUUCUUGGACUACACUGAAACAGGGAGAGCUAACCCCCCCUUCACCUGUUAAUACACCGCUUUAUUCAACAAUGGAAUCUUGUGCAGAAGCCUGCAUGGUACCUAUGAGAACUGUAGGAUCCAAACUUUCUUAGGGUUGUGCUUCCACAAGUCGAAGUUAUGCACAUUUGAUACAGUUGAUGGUCGACAUUGUCUCAAUGAGAGCUAAUCACAUCGUCCGCCAAUACAUCACUCGACUCAUCAGAGGAAACUUGCGGAGAUGUCUGCCCUCCGCCUAUGAGCAUUGCUCCGUAAAACCUCGGAGAUGUUUGCUUCUGCACAAAACCAAAUGUUAAACUUGAGAGCUGCAGACUAGUAAGAAAUUUGUGGAUGUAAUUAAAUUACACAGUUCUGGCCUCCUGCUUGAAGUGGCUUGAACAAAACCUUUAAUAAAUGUUUCAUGGCUGUAUUUGGCUGUUAUAUUACGAGGACACUAAUAAUGUUGUGUAGAAAUCCCGAUAAUUAUUUAUGUCUAAGCGCAAGAAGCCAGCGAUUGAGUUGCUGUCCAUUUUAAGAUACUUACUAUCUUCUUCUCAUUCACGAAAUAGUAUCACUUGAGUGGAAGACAAACCACAGCCUGAAACAUUUAGAAGGCAAUGGUGGUUGUCCAACGAGAUUGCCAGAACAGUACACAAACGGUGUUACUUUUAUUAUUUCUUCGACAGAGGUGCGGCUAAGCCAGCGUCAGAGUGUAAGAAAAAAAAUACAGGUUCUUCUAUCACUGGCAGAGUCUUUUCACCGUUGACACUACCUCAUGAAGAUACAAUGGUUCUCGAUGAAAUAUCGUGAGACUUGUUAAGUAAUUACGACCGAUUUCACGAGAGCCAAACGUACGAAAGAUUUGCUCUCAAAGUAUCAAGUCUCAAGCAAGGUUAGCUUCAGGGCGAACAAUACGAUCCCUGAUUCUAUACUGCUCUUUAGAACGAUAGUAACGACUACGAUGAAGGCUAAAGCAGAGAAGUUGUUACGCAUUAAAUGAGUCGUAUGUUAACCAUGCGACUUUUUUAUGUUGACUUUUACAUGCAGUCACCCAGUGUGACGAUAUAGCGCUCUUAUCGACAUCGGCGGUGUUUUUGCCGUAAAUUUUGUUCUUACCAGGAAACAAAGUUGUUUCUACCCAUAAUAAUGGCUGUGAUUAAAAUGUAAUUUUCUACAAAUAUUAUGUAAGAAUUUAAAUAAAGUAAUGAACAAAGUGAGUCUGA